UGGAGUGCAUACACACACCGAUAUAUCGCGCAGCUAAUAGCGCCAGCGUAGCUCUCGAAUGCUGUGUAUGCAUAGUUGCGCACUGUAUAGUCAGUACAGAAUUCUAUACAGAAAGAGAGUAGUGUAGCAGUAGGAGCAGAGAGGCCACCAGCAUUGCAGCGUGAAUGAGAGAGCUGCUGCUGGCCUUCGAGCGACGAGUACGAGAAGAUGGCCGCUCGUGAUCGACUCGUUGGAACGUAGUGUGUCGCCAUUGUGUGCGGUGUGUCCGGUAGUGCGUGCGAGGAGGCCGCAUUGUGUCAUUGUGGUCAUCCUCGUCGUCGUCGUCAGGUUUAUCGCUCCAUCGAAACGAAAGGCCCAUACUCAUUGAUCUCUCUCUCUCUCACUCUUGCGUGCAGAGGACCACGGCAGGUGGAGAGAGAGAGAACGCGGAGCUCUACUCCGUCGGCCUACUCGUGCACUCUAUCUCUGUCUUUUGUUCUUGCGCGCCCUCUUCGCUUUUUACCCAAGCUCUCGUGUUAAGCUGAUAUAUAACGAGAGAGAGAGUGACACCUGGUGAACAACGACGCGAAGAGAAAUCGUAUUUAUUUCGCUUGUCGAGGGAAGCAUUGUUUUUUUUUUUAUACGAUAAAGCCGAAAGAUGCCGAGCGCUUCUUUCACGUCCUCGCGGAGCUACGUCAGGAGAUCGAGGAGGAAAGGUGCCAACCGAAUCCCCCUGCCCUCCAGGACGAGUUCGGCUGAACCAUGUGAUCUUCCAUGUGUGGCAUCAAAUCAGAUUCCUCCAGGUGGAGGAAUUGGAGGUGGAGGUAGAGGAUCAUCUCCUAGUGUAUCAGGAGUAGCUGCUCCUUCACCUUCACCAUCCCAUUCUCACUCAUCUCCAUAUGACCUAAGACGAAAAAGUCCACCGCAUCCAGAUCCAGCACCAGGAACAAGUUCAGCUUUACCUCCCUCAGGUGGAAAUAGUAUAUCAGCUGCUCUUGGAUCUUCAUCUCUUCCAGCAAGAAAACGGCCUAGAAGAACUUGCUCUUUAUCUACCGAUGGAACAAAUACAAACACAGCAGCGCACUACCUCCAAUAUGAGUUACCCGAUGAGGUUCUUCUCACAAUUUUCAAUUACCUAAUGGAACAGGAUCUGUGUAGGGUCUCACAAGUUUGCAAGCGUUUCCAGGUUAUAGCAAAUGAUACAGAACUCUGGAAGUCCCUCUAUCAGCAAGUCUAUGAAUAUGAUCUGCCUCUCUUUAAUCCUGCACCUUGCAAGUUUCAGUUUAUUUCUCCAGAUGAGUCAGAGUAUCCCAAUCCUUGGAAAGAGAGUUUUAGACAAUUGUAUAGAGGUGUACAUGUCCGACUCGGUUUCCAGGAUGUCAAACAAAAAGGCAGGAGUCUGCCAUAUUUUAAUACGAUCCAGGCAGCUUUAGAUUAUGUUGAUGAAUUUCGGAACAGCAGCAGCUCCUCUCCUAAUAGUAAUACUAGUAGUAUAACGAACAGUCAGGGAAAUUGUUGUGGGAGUGUUGCAAGUGGCACAGUUGGAGGGGGAAAUGGAGGAAAUAAUUCUUCACAAAAUACUGUUGAUGAUACGCCACAACAUCUCGUAUUCCUCCAUGCUGGCACGUACCGCGGCGAGUUCCUUGUUGUCGAUAGCGAUGUAGCGCUUAUAGGUGCCGCUCCUGGCAACGUUGCCGAAUCUGUUAUUUUAGAAAGAGAAAGCGAAUCAACAGUAACGUUUGUUGAAGGUGCAAAACGUGCCUAUGCUGGACACUUGACUCUUAAAUUCACUCCAGAUGCAGCGAGUACAGUUACGCAUCACAAACAUUACUGUCUCGAAGUUGGUGAAAAUUGUAGCCCAACAAUUGAUCACUGCAUUAUACGAAGCUCAAGUGUUGUGGGUGCAGCAGUUUGUGUAUCAGGUCUAGGGGCAAAUCCAAUCGUGAAAAACUGCGACAUCUCGGACUGUGAGAAUGUUGGAUUAUAUGUAACAGAUUAUGCACAGGGGACGUAUGAAGACAACGAGAUAUCGCGUAAUGCACUCGCAGGCAUUUGGGUUAAAAAUUUUGCAAAUCCAAUUAUGCGACGAAAUCAUAUACAUCACGGUCGGGAUGUCGGUAUCUUUACUUUUGAUAACGGACUUGGUUACUUUGAAGCUAAUGAUAUCCAUAAUAAUCGUAUUGCGGGGUUUGAAGUGAAAGCUGGAGCAAAUCCUACGGUAGUGCACUGCGAAAUUCAUCACGGUCAAACAGGUGGCAUCUAUGUUCAUGAAACUGGUAUGGGCCAAUUCAUUGAUAACAAGAUACAUUCUAAUAACUUUGCCGGUGUAUGGAUUACUUCCAAUUCUAAUCCUACUAUUCGGAGGAAUGAAAUUUACAAUGGACACCAGGGUGGCGUUUAUAUAUUCGGCGAGGGAAGGGGUCUUAUUGAACACAACGAUAUAUACGGAAAUGCGCUGGCCGGUAUCCAAAUUAGGACGAAUUCGGACCCCAUCGUCCGACAUAAUAAGAUUCAUCACGGUCAACACGGAGGUAUCUAUGUACACGAAAAGGGGCAAGGACUGAUCGAAGAAAACGAGGUAUUUGCUAAUACGCUUGCCGGCGUCUGGAUAACAACAGGUUCGACGCCGGUACUUCGAAGAAAUAGGAUCCACAGUGGUAAGCAGGUCGGCGUUUAUUUUUACGAUAACGGACAUGGCAAACUGGAGGACAACGACAUUUUCAAUCAUCUAUAUUCGGGAGUACAAAUAAGAACUGGAAGUAACCCUGUUAUAAGAGGUAACAAAAUAUGGGGUGGCCAAAAUGGUGGUGUUUUAGUUUAUAAUAGUGGUUUAGGUUUAUUAGAACAAAAUGAAAUUUUUGAUAAUGCAAUGGCAGGCGUUUGGAUAAAAACAGAUAGCAACCCAACACUAAAGCGAAACAAGAUAUUUGAUGGUCGAGAUGGAGGUAUUUGCAUAUUUAAUGGUGGUAAAGGUGUUUUAGAAGAAAACGAUAUAUUUAGGAAUGCACAAGCAGGUGUUCUUAUAUCGACACAGUCGCAUCCGGUGCUAAGAAGGAAUCGAAUUUUUGAUGGUCUAGCAGCAGGAGUUGAAAUAACUAAUAAUGCUACUGCCACUUUAGAAUUUAAUCAAAUAUUUCAUAAUAGGUUUGGCGGCUUAUGUUUAGCAAGCGGCGUGCAACCUACAAUAAGAGGAAACAAAAUUUUUGAUAAUCAAGAUGCAGUUGAAAAAGCAGUAGGCAAUGGACAGUGUCUUUAUAAAAUAUCAUCUUAUACUUCAUUUCCAAUGCAUGACUUUUAUCGAUGUCAAACAUGUAAUACUACUGAUCGAAAUGCUAUUUGCGUUAAUUGUAUAAAAACUUGCCACGCUGGUCAUGAUGUGGAGUUCAUUCGCCAUGAUAGAUUUUUUUGCGACUGUGGAGCUGGAACUUUGAGCAAUCAGUGUCAACUUCAAGGUGAACCGACACAGGAUACUGAUACACUUUACGAUAGCGCUGCCCCCAUGGAAUCACAUACACUUAUGGUUAACUAGGAUCUAACUUAAAAAAAAUCACAUCAGCCCUCUCGUUUAAGUCAUCGCGUGUAAGUUCAUCGCGUUACAAAUAAAAUAAUAAAUCAAAUGGCGCCGUGAGUUAUUGCAGGGCUUUUCGCCGACUUCCCGAGUACAGAGUGUUUAAAUAGAUAUGUGUACACGUACAGAUCGAAAGGUUCUGCGAUUCAUUAAAAAAUGACAAAGUUAUAUAUACAUAGUGAACAACGCGUAUAA